GAAAUGGUCUUUUACUCUUGUCCUAGAAGCUAUCAAACACUAGGCACACAACAUAACAUAUGUUAACUGCCAAAACCGUUUCCAUGCCUAAAAAUAAAAACACUCUCCACAAAAAAUGCCUACAACUGAGUACCAAAGAAGUUCUUCCCGCUCAGCCUUUUUAGGCCGUUCGAUUCUAAGUUUCCGGAGAAACCAGGUUGCUGUUUCUUCUCCUCCUCCUUCUUCAAUGGAUUCCGAAGAUACUCAUGAUCUUGAACUCUUUCAGAAACAUACUUCAGAACGUUUUUUACACCUUUCAAAUGAUCCCACCACCAGUCUCGACGGUGGCGGUGGCGACAAUUUUCUUUCACUGGGGUGGUUGAGAAACCUUCUUGACGUGUUCUUAUGUUGCGAGGCUGAAUUUAAAGCGGUUUUGAUAUUAGGACGUGACCCGUCUCAGUUCGUCAAACCGCCUUUAGAUCGCUUGAUUCCUGAAUUGCUCGAUCGUGCCGUGAAGGCGUUGGAUUUUUGUAACGCGAUUACGAAUAGUAUCGAUUCGAUUCUUCAUUGGCAGCAAUUGGCAUUGCUGGCUGUAUCAGUUCUUGAACAGGAUUUGAUUGGUGAAGGUCAACUUGGUCGCGUUAGAAAGGCGUUAACGUCUCUGGUCGCGUCGAUGGCCGUAGAUGAUAAAGACGGUAGCAGUGCGAAAACACCCGAACGGAAUUGGUCAUUUGGUAGAAGAGGUGGUAAUAACAGUGCUGCAAAUCAAAAUCCGAGAUCGUUUUGGUGGGGUGUUUCGAGAAAUUGGUCGGCCUCAAAACAGAUUCAAUCAAUGUCAGCCAACUUGGUCGUUCCGCGAGGCGGUGAAUCCACGGGGUUGGCGUUGCCGGUUUAUAUGAUGAGUACUGUGUUGGUGUUUGUAAUGUGGGUUUUUGUUGCAGCAAUUCCAUGUCAGGACAGGAGUGGAUUGUCGAAUCAUUUCCAAAUUCCGCGACAGCUUUCAUGGACAGGCCCGAUAAUUGGAUUGCAGGAUCGGAUUUCUGAUGAAUGGAAGAAGAAAGAAAAGAAAGGGUCGGUUGGGUUGUUAGAUGAGAUUCAAAGGUUAGAAAAAUGUAGUGAAGCGCUGAUCGAAUUAGCCGGUACAGUUCCAUAUCCGGUCGAAGCGGAACAAAUGGAGGAAAUCAGAGCGCGGACGAAUGAAUUGUCGGAGAUCUGUAGGAAGAUGGAAGAAGGAUUGGUUCCGUUGCAGCGUCAGGUUAGAGAAGUCUUUCAUCGGAUUGUCAGGAGCAGGGCUGAGGUUCUUGGGUUUGUGGAUUCAACUGGGCUUGUGAUAUUGCCUCAUUCAUACUUUUCUUGAUUCCUCGUUUCUCCUUUUGCCGUUACAAUGUUAAUCUUGACUCCAUGCCGCAUAUAUAUAUAUAUACUACACAACUUGGUAUUGA